UCAUAUCCGUUGCUCAGGUCUCCACACCUCUUAGCAGUAACUCCCUUUAUCUUCUUGGGUCAAAACUUUUGAGGUGGGCUGGAUAUCUAGCAGAAGGGGAGAAGGGUAGACCAGGGCGCACCAGGUGGAGGCGCUUCAGCACCUCGGCCAGCGCCCGCCGUAGCAGGUCCCAGCUUCUGAGCUCCCGGACUCCCUACUCCUAGAACGCCCCCCAGGGCGGCUGCCGCUGCUGCCGCUGCUGCUACUGCUGCCGCCGCCGCCGCCUCUGCCUCCACUCUGCUCUGACUGGCAGGCAGAAAGUGCAACUGACGUGGGAAAGGUCUCCGCAGUGAGUGGAGUGGCUACAUAAAACAGAGUAAAGAGAGGCAAAAACCCACAUCACAAUGCAGGCGAGGUCCAGCCUUCUCAACCUCCUUCUUCUGUCUUUACUUGCUGGAUUAGAUCCUUCCAAGACUCAGAUUAGCCCCAAAGAAGGGUGGCAAGUGUACAGCUCAGCACAGGACCCUGAUGGGCGAUGCAUUUGUACAGUGGUGGCUCCAGAACAAAACCUGUGUUCCCGAGAUGCCAAAAGCAGGCAGCUCCGCCAGCUGUUGGAAAAGGUACAAAAUAUGUCCCAGUCUAUAGAAGUCUUAAACUUGAGAACUCAGAGAGAUUUCCAGUACGUCUUAAAAAUGGAAACCCAAAUGAAAGGGCUGAAGGCCAAGUUUCGGCAGAUUGAAGAUGAUCGAAAGACACUAAUGACCAAGCAUUUUCAGGAACUGAAAGAGAAAAUGGAUGAGCUACUGCCCCUGAUCCCAGUGUUGGAGCAGUACAAAACAGAUGCAAAGCUCAUCACACAGUUCAAGGAGGAGAUUCGGAACCUGUCCUCAGUCCUCACUGGGAUUCAGGAGGAAAUCGGUGCCUAUGACUAUGAAGAGCUGCACCAACGGGUUCUCAGUUUAGAAACCAGGCUGCGUGACUGCAUGAAAAAACUAACAUGUGGCAAAUUGAUGAAAAUCACAGGCCCCAUCACAGUCAAGACAUCUGGAACUCGAUUUGGUGCUUGGAUGACGGAUCCUUUAGCAUCUGAAAAACAUAACAGAGUCUGGUAUAUGGACAGUUACACUAACAAUAAAAUAGUCCGUGAAUACAAGUCCAUUGCAGACUUUGUCAGUGGAGCUGAAUCAAGGACAUACAAUCUCCCUUUCAAGUGGGCAGGAACUAACCAUGUUGUCUACAAUGGCUCACUCUAUUUUAACAAGUAUCAGAGUAAUAUCAUCAUCAAGUACAGCUUUGAUUUAGGGAGAGUGCUAGCCCAAAGAAGCCUGGAGUAUGCUGGCUUUCACAACGUAUAUCCCUACACGUGGGGUGGAUUCUCUGACAUCGACCUAAUGGCUGAUGAAAUUGGGCUGUGGGCUGUGUAUGCAACUAACCAAAAUGCAGGCAAUAUUGUCAUCAGCCAGCUUAAUCAAGAUACCUUGGAGGUGAUGAAGAGCUGGAGCACCGGCUAUCCCAAGAGAAGUGCAGGGGAAUCCUUCAUGAUCUGUGGGACUCUGUAUGUCACAAACUCCCACUUAACUGGAGCCAAAGUGUAUUAUUCCUAUUCCACAAAAACUUCCACAUAUGAGUACACGGACAUCCCUUUUCAUAACCAAUACUUUCACAUAUCCAUGCUUGACUACAAUGCAAGAGAUAGAGCUCUUUAUGCCUGGAACAAUGGCCACCAGGUCCUAUUCAAUGUCACCCUGUUCCACAUCAUUAAGACUGAAGAUGACACAUAGGCAAAUGCCAUUUCUUUUUGUCUAGCUUCACUGUCAUUUAUGAUAAACUCUAUAGGAACCUGUCUGUGUUCAUUUUUUUCUCCUUGAUUGACUUGUCAUCAUUUCUCCAAAGUGAAGUAUUUUAUUGUAUAUUUGGAGUUUCAAAAAUUAUUUGUCUAAGUUAAUAUGUUGGAAACACAUGUUAACUGCUAACACAGGGCCUAUCAUGCCCUUGUAAUGCAAAGCACUAAAAAGAGUUUAAGUGGAUAGAGUCUUAGUUUUGCAAAAGAUUAAUGAUCUGCCUUGUAUUAGAACCAGACUAACGGUGGCUUAAAUGCAUGAAUGUCUUCUUUUUUGAACUGUCAUUUUUUUACUGUCUCUUGCUCUACAUUAAGAAAUAUUUUCAUAGGAAUUAAGGUAAAAGAAAAGCACUUUCCCCCCAUUUGUUUCUACAAAAAGAUGUAAAGAUUUUAUUUAUAUGGGAAAAAAGUACUAUCAAUCAUGUCGCUGUUACCAUAGUUUCUGACACGGUGCUGUGCAGUCAUUUCAAAAUCUCUUGCUGACAUAUUCUUGGCAAUAUGUAUUUUUAUCAUUGUCACCACCAUCAUACACUUGUAUUUCUUCACUUCUGUGAAAGUCAUAUUUUUUAUAAAGUGCACUAAAAUUUGAUCUCUGUAAUUAUUCAAUUCAGUUUUCAACUGUGGUCAAGAAGGAUCUUCUUGACUUACCCUGUCACAUAAGCACUGUAAACUUAAAAAAAAAAAA